AUGGUGACUGCGUUUCAGUCGAGCCCCGGAGGUUCGUCCAAAUCGCCCAUGGAGAGGCCGUCGGAGCGCGCUCACCGAGCUUGCGAAAAAUGCACCCGUACCAAGAAGAAAUGCGACAAGGCGCUGCCCGAAUGCAGUCGCUGUCAACGGCUUGCCUCGGAAUGCAGCUACGACUACAUCUUCACCGCCCCUACCACGGCCAUUGUCGACCCAGGAACUCAGGGCUCGGCAGGGAGCCCCCAUGACUACAUGACGGGCAUGGCGCGCUUCAACAUCUUUGACACCGAUCUAGAGCUGCCGUCGGCCAUGAUCAUGAACCUGUUCAAUGCCAAGGGCUUCUCGUGGCACGAGGCUGUGUCGCUUUAUUUCCGGACGACAAACAUGUGGUUGUCCGCUGUCCAUGAACAGCGCUUCCGCCAGAAGCUGGAAAGGCUGGAUAGAAAUGGCUUGCCCCGGGAGCCUGAGAUGGCGUUGCUCGUCGUGUGCAUGCAUCUCGUCACGCAGCACGCGGACUCGGGCCGCCCAGUCAUGCCCGAUGGGAAGGAGAUGCUGAGCCUACCGGCCUAUGUGGUGGCAAAGCGGGUCUUCAGUAUACUCCGUGGCCUGGGCGCUCCCAGCAUUGAGAUUGUGCAGUCGGCAACCUUGCUGUGUCUCUACGAGUUUGGUCACGGUGACUUCCCGAGAGCCUACGUUACCGUGGGAGAUGCCUAUACGACGGCGGCUUCCAUGGGGAUUCGACCAGGCAAAUAUCGAGAGGCAGAGAGGGACUGGGCCGUACCGCCGGAAGACGAAGAGAAAUGGGACUUGUACUGGGCAAUGCUCAUUGUCGAUCGCCUCAUACGAUUCGAAAGGCGCUUGAUGUGGAAGGAGUUCCAUGUCCCAUCCCCCGUCGAGGAUGACCUGUUACCGACCACUAACUAUACAGAGACGUAUCACUCGGGGAGACCGCCUAGUGUCGCAUCUUUUGCUGAACUGGACGUCGCCACCAGAUCGCUCGUGGAGGCCAUGGUCCUACAAGCUUCUACCUGGGGCGAAUACUACGAGUGCUUUGCUACGUGUACAUGCCUCCUAUUACUACUGUACUGCUCCUAUCUGUGCACCAUCCGUCCCUCUGAGGUAUACACAAACACCAACAACCUGGAGGUUCUCAAAGCCAUUGCCGGCAUCAACUUCACCAUCCGCAUCAUCGCCGAUACCACCCGCGAUCUCAACCAGCAUCUUGCGCGCCAGCCGGAGAUGCUGGCCACCUGCUCCCCCGUCACGCCCUAUUCGGCCUAUCAUAGUCUUGCCGCGCUGAGCAACUUUGAGCACGUCAUUUGGGAGGCGGACACGAGGUUCCAUGAUAUCUACAGCACCCUUCACUUCUUCGCAAAGAGGUGGGGUGUAGCAGGACAACUCGUGAAGCGCAUUGAGGAGUUUCUGGGGACAAAGGACGAGGAAGGGGCCCCUUUGCUUGACUUUUCGUUCUUAUCUAGGACGUGA